AGUACCAAAAAGUGUGACAAACAUUGAAUGGAAUGAAAGCGCGAUUUGUUUGCCUUUUUGUGAAUGAGUUUCCAUUUGAAUGAGUGAUCCGUUUGACAGAUAAGACAAUGUCUUCCUCGGGAUCUAAUGGCACCACAAAUGGCGCACAACUGCCACCAGACGUGUUGUACGCCAUUGACUGCGAGCUCAAUGAGUCGGUGUCCAAAUCGGACGCACUUCGCUCGCAACUGAUCCACUUGUCGGCCAAAAGGGAUUCAUUCACUGACGAGGAAUACCAACACUUUCGCCUCAAACUCAUGAAUGCGUUGAACACAGAGAUGGACAGACGGGACGGCAAGAACUCAUACAUACAUCAGGAGAUGUUUGCCAAUCACAUGAGCCAACGCUCUGAUCAGUCGGCGCCCAACGGCUUUGAGUCCCAUUUGUAUCGACUGUCGGCUCAAGAGUUGUGCCAACGAUUGGGCGUUGAGUACAAAGACAGUGACAAUGACUGUGAGGUCGUGGAAGUGGUUCUGAAGCCAUUGCCGAUCACAACGGAUGACAGGAACGACGCGCACAGAAAGCGAGACCAGAAGAAACCGUUUGUGUCGAUUCCUGCAAAGAGUGGUAAACCCACGGAUGAAGUGAUCUAUAAUUGUGGUCAGAAUUUGCCCAAAACUGAUCUCUUGGGGAGUGUCGGCUCAUUCAGAAGCGGCUACAAAGAGAAUACGGCUUCGACUUCGAGCGCUUCCAAUAGGUCUCAGUUGCCAUCGAAUCCAUGUCCGAUUGGAUCUCCGACUCGCUACAAAGAGAAUACGGCUUCGACUUCGAGCGCUUCCAAUAGGUCUCAGUUGCCAUCGAAUCCAUGUCCGAUUGGAUCUCCGACUCGUAUUUCGGGUUUAUUUCGCACGAAUUCACCCAAAAAUGGCUACAAAUCAGGUGAGAGUGGGAGCGAAACGAGUGGCAAAAGGCCGGCAUUUAUGAGUGGAUUCGAGAAGAAAGUGGUCGAAGAGGUGAAGAAGGGCUCAAUGGAUGUGUCGAAAGCGAGACAAGCGUUAAAACAUAUGAAGAACUCGUUUAAGAAUCCGAUGAAACAGAACAACACCGAGAAUGAGGAGCCCAUUGAUCCGCACCUCAAGAAUAUUGAUCCAAAUCUCAUAGAAGUGAUUGAAAACGAGAUAAUCACUGCCUUAGAGCCCAUCAAUUGGUCGGACGUCGCGGGACUCGAGUUCGCGAAGAAUAAGAUCCAAGAGAUCGCUGUUUUACCACUUCUUAGACCCGAUCUGUUUCGCGGUUUAAGGAAACCACCGAAAGGUAUUCUACUAUUCGGACCGCCAGGCACUGGGAAGACAUUUCUGGGCCGUUGUAUCGCCUCUCAGACCAAAUCGACUUUCUUUUCGAUCACAGUGUCGGCGCUGAACAGCAAAUGGAUAGGAGAGGGCGAGAAGACUAUACGCGCGAUGUUUGCGGUCGCGAGGGCUCGACAGCCGUCCGUCAUAUUCAUCGAUGAGAUCGACUCACUGCUGAAGACCCGGUGCGACAGCGAACACGAGUCCUCCCGACGCAUGAAAACUGAGUUUUUGGCUCAAUUUGAAGGCGUCGGCACCGUUUCGGACGAAAAGCUGCUGAUAAUCGGCGCCACAAACAGACCGCAAGAGUUAGAUGACGCGGCCCGACGUCGACUGUCCGCCAAACUGUAUAUCCGACUGCCGGACGCCUCCGCUCGCAAACAAAUCAUCGAAAAUUGCAUUAAAACAGAGAAACACUGUUUACGCGAAGAGCAGAUGCAGUCGUUGGCCGACCAGACGGACGGCUACUCGUGCGCUGAUAUGAGAGACCUGUGCCGCGAGUCAGCGAUGGAACCGAUGAGAGACUCCAUUAUUAUGAGUAAUAUCACAGACAUAUCGGCCCAUGAGAUCCGUUGCAUCACUUUCGAGGACUUUGUGAAAAACUUAUCGUAUGUUAAGCCGACGGUCAGGAAGGAAGACAUCUCGAUGUUUGAGAAGUGGAACCACGAGUUCGGCACCAAUUGUCGACAAAAUUAGGGUUUGUUUAUUCAAAG